AUGUCCCUGAGUGCGGAGCAGAUUUCCCUGAUAAGCCUGGUGUUCGAGGCAUAUGUGUCGGAGCACCACAGGAGUGACAUCCUGCAGAUCCUGCAGGACCCUGGCGAAGAGUGUCACUACUCCGUGGUCAUCAAUGCCAUGUCAUUGUUUGAGGCCAACAUGGAGGUGGGGGAAUAUUUUAAUGCUUUCCCCAGUGAAGUCCUGGCCGUAUUUGACACUGCCCUUCAGGGGGCUGCCUUAGCCAUCUGUGACACCACGUCAGUGCACGGCAACUACAGAAUGAAACCUAACCUACACGCUCGCAUCUCAGGUUUGCCUGUGUGUCCUGAGCUGACCAGAGACCACAUCCCAAAGGCCCGCGACGUAGGACAUUUCCUGUCUGUGACGGGGACAGUCAUUCGUACUGGUGUGGCAAAGGUUCUGGAGUACAAGCGAGACUACAUGUGCAGUAAGUGCAGGUGUGUCUUUUCAGUCCAGGCUGACUUUGAGCAGUUCUACAGCUUCACUGCCCCCACCAGCUGCCCCAGUGAAGAUGGCUGCACCUCUUACAAGUUCAGCUGUCUCUCAGGCCAUGACGCCUCCCCAACUGUCUGUAAGGAUUAUCAAGAGAUCAAGAUCCAAGAACAGGUGCAGAGGCUGUCGGUGGGUUCCAUUCCUCGCUCUAUGUUGGUGAUUUUAGAGGACGACCUGGUGGACUGCUGCAAAUCAGGCGAUGACAUCACUGUAUAUGGAGUGGUGUGGCAGCGUUGGAAACCCCUGAUGGAAGACGUGCGUUGUGAUGUGGAGAUUGUGCUGAAGGCAAACUUCAUAGAGAUUAAUAAUGAGAAGUCUGCAGCCAAUGUUAUGCUGGAUGACAUUCAGAGGGAAUUUGAAGACUUUUGGGAUGGAUACAAACACGACCCGAUUUCUGGCAGGAACCACAUUCUCCUGAGUCUCUGCCCGCAAGUCUUUGGAAUGUAUGUCGUCAAGCUGGCUGUUGCCAUGGUUUUGGCAGGUGGGGUACAGAGAGUUGAUGCUUCUGGAACGAAAGUGAGAGGUGAGUCUCACCUCUUACUGGUGGGUGACCCAGGCACUGGGAAAUCCCAGUUUCUGAAAUAUGCUGCCAAGAUGAUGCCACGCUCUGUCCUUACGGCUGGGAUUGGUUCCACUAACGCAGGGAUGACAGUGGCGGCUGUUAAAGAGUCAGGGGAGUGGCAUUUGGAGGCAGGUGCUCUGGUUCUCUCUGAUGGAGGCCUGUGUUGUAUAGAUGAAUUUAACAGUAUCAGAGAGCAUGAUCGUACCAGCAUACAUGAGGCCAUGGAGCAACAGACCAUCAGUGUGGCCAAGGCUGGAAUGGUCUGUAAACUGGAUACGAGGACCACAAUCCUGGCAGCCACCAAUCCAAAGGGACAGUAUGACCCAAAUGUGUCAAUGUCAGUAAACGUGGCUCUGGCCAGUCCCCUACUCAGUCGUUUUGACCUGGUCCUGGUCUUACUGGACACCAGAAAUGAAGAGUGGGACAGGAUCAUCUCCUCCUUCAUCCUAGAGAAUAAAGGUAUUCCCAAUCAGGGCUCAUCACUGUGGAGCAUGGAGAAAAUGAGGGCAUAUUUCUGCCUGAUAAAGAGCCUUCAGCCCCACGUCAGUCCAGAGGCCAACUCCAUCCUCAGCCGAUACUACCAGCUACAGAGGCAGCACGACAGCCGCAAUGCCGCCCGCACCACCAUCCGCAUGCUUGAGAGUCUGAGCCGCCUGGCUGAGGCUCAUGCCCGUCUAAUGUUUCGAGAGACUGUGACUGUGGAAGAUGCAGUCGUGGUGGUUUCAGUUAUGGAGUGUUCCAUGCAGGGGGGCGCUCUCUUGGGUGAUGCGAACGCACUGCACACCUCCUUUCCUGACAAUCCCAGUGAGCAGUAUCGGACACAAUGCCAGAUUGUUUUAGAAAGGCUCGGAUUGACCCAUAUACUUCAAAAGGAACUACAUAGACUCUCAAGGCUUCAGAUCAGACCUUCCCUCUCCACCACAUACUCAGUGAAGCAGAGUGACAUGAGCAGCGACCUUGCUGUAUGUGAGGAUGUUGAUGGCUGUGAGGUGACUGUGAACUCUGACACUGGCUUGGACUGGUUCUAUUCUUUAAACAGCCCAGCCAAGACAAACAGCAUCUCACCAACAUCUCCCAUCAACUCGUCCACUCAGAACCCCGCAAAACCAUGCUGCCUGCCAGCGUUGCCUAGCAACAGUGGAUCCUUACAAGCAAAGGAGUCUGUGUGGGAGUGUGAAGGCAGAACAACCAUGGAGGAACAAGCUGAGUCAGACUUGGCCUCAGUGGAAACUAACACGCACAGAACUGGUUCUGUUCUGGAGAGAGGCUCUAGAAAGCUCCAAAGCAGACGGCUAAGAGCAGUGAACAAAAGUGACCCAGAAUGUUCAGAGAGAGAGAAAGGGGGAGUAGGUAAAGAUUCAGGGGAUGAUUUGGAGCAUGUGAUCUCCCACAGUACACCAGCAACAAAGAUAAAGCACCUGUCCAAACUGAAGGGUGCCCCAGUUUCACUGCCAACAAGGUACCAGCUAACAGAAGAUAGUUCAGAGAAGCAAGAGGAUCUCCACAGGAAGCUCUCCAGUUUCAGUUAUAGACUGAGAAAGAGAAUGAGCCACCCAGAGCACUACCAUGACACUAACAGGUCGGGCUUAUUUAUCACAGAUGAUCUGGAGGGAGAGACUGAGGGGCUCACAUGUGAAGAAGACACCAAUUCAUCUGUUCCUCAGUCAGAGCAGAGGGAAGAACAGAAAAGCAAGAAGGAUCCAGAAAAUCUGACACAUGCAGACCAACCAGCAGGGGGCAGCAGUGCUAACAAGAAGCACUUGCAGAGAGCGCGGUCUGAGGCCACAGGCUUUUCCCAUGUGAGGUCAUGUGAUCAGAGGGGAGCUGAUGCUGCUUGUCCCAGCCUGCAGGAGAGGGAGGGUAGAACAGCAGAACUCAAACGCCAGCAGCUGCUGCAAAGACUGAGCAGUCUGACUCCAGUGUCCCAGCCAGAACCAGACAACCCAACAACUAAAGUAGCCUCGUCCACUCUCGCCAAACUGUCCAGAUUUUCCUUUGUUACCUCUGCAGAGGAAAAGACCAGAGAAUUGCCAGCUGCUCCUUCCAUUAAAACAUUGUUCACAGAGAAUCCUGGAGGCAGUGCCAGAGAACAUGCAACAGCCCCCACACAAGAAAGCAUGCAGAACCACUCUGUGGAAGUGAUGCAAACACGCACAACAGGAAAUGUACAGGUCCUUAUGAGUGUAAUCACAGACAGUGACUGGACUGCACCAUCAAAGGCCAUAGAGACAGGGGACAGACAGGAGAGUGCCACAGCACUCAUGGGCAAUCCUAAGAAGAGAAAGUGUUUUGAAGUGGCCUCUGGAGUGACAGCACCGCACUUCUCUGCAGGCCUUUCUCUCUUCAGCCCCUCAGCUGCUGACGAAGAUGCUCUGGAUGUGGACUGGGAGGAAGAGUCCAGCAAGAGAUCACAUUUGUGA